UACAUUUCCUUCAACAUUUAAAUAUAUUUUCAAGUAAACAAUGCAAAAAUCAAAGGCACAGUGUGAGCGCACAAUGAAACCUACCACGAUGCCAGUGAUACCUAGCACGAGUAGCCGUUCUUUUCCGUACGCAGUAGUUCGCUUCCUUUGCGAAGAGGAUAGUUUUUCUGAGGUGCCGACCAAUUGGAUUGUGGAAAAUAAUAGCGCUUCAGCUGAGGAAGAAAUCCUUUGCUGGUGGCCUGUGACGAAAAAUGUCAGUCCAUUUAUUGAAAAUCGUGUACAACCAGAGAAGACAUGGACGAUGUAUGAGAUCGAAAUACUAAAAUACUGCUCUUCACUCACAACUGCGCGAAAAGCAGCAUCCGAUCCCAACUAUAUAACGACAGAUGAUGAUGCUUUAGGCAGAGGUUUGCGAAAAACAAUGCCACGUCAAAUGUCUGAUUCCGAAUACGAAGAGGAAGAGGAACGCGCUGAAGCUUCCAAAAAAUUGGCGGGGAAAAAAAAUUUAAAAAUGGCACAUCGCACGGUACAACUAAGUCACCAAUGCCUAAUUGUCCUACCAAUUCGAAUAGUACAACAAAGUCACCAAUGCCUAAUUGUACUACCAAUUCGAAUGGUACAACGAAGUCACCAAUGCUUAAUUGUCCUACCAUUUCGAAUGGUACUCCUACAGCAACAUUAGACUUGAACGACAUUCCGAUAGUAAUAGCUGACAAUGACGACAUGAA